ACCAAACCUGUGACAGCUUUCUGGGCUAGUGUGAUCAGCAGGGAUUGACGCUUUUAAUUGCCUUAUUUCUCAAGUAACUAUAUCAGAAAAACAAUAAAUAAGCCGGGUUGCAUCUGAGCUGUCAAUUUUUACUUUUUAUGCAUCUGUGUGAAGCCAGCACGACAAGAUUUUGUGUUAGCUCGCUGGCUAGCACGCCUUUGUUCCAUAUUCAGACCAGUGUGGCCAUAAAUUAGGACUUAGCCUUCAAUUCCUGCAUGUUGACUCCGUAUACAACUAUUUUAUUCAAAUUAAACUCGUUACAUACUCGAGGGUAUUGCACACCGACUUUGUUGCGGGAGAAAAUUAGCUGUGUAGCCUCUGUUUUCGCUUGUAUGAAUUGCGUCUUGGCUCGGUCGUGCAUAAGUUGCCAUGGAGCAGUGCGCAGCUCCGCAGCUCGAGAACACAAGUAACGUUACGCACUCUUCACCUCCAGACCCAGCGGAAAAGUCUGGAGGAGAUGCCGGGGAGAUGACGGUUAAGGACGCUUACGAGUGCCGGAUUUGUGGUUAUAAAGCGCAAGACGUUAAAUGCCUCAGCCAGCACCUGCACGCCGCUCACCCUGUCACCAGUCUUUCUGACUCGGUGAGGAGCGAGGGAUGUGAAAGCCCAGAGGACGAGCGUGUGGGUGAUGUGGAGACACCCUGCUUAAAUGGUGACCUGGAAAAGAGCGUUGCUAAGGAUAAACCAGUCACCACUGAGGGAACAGAAUCUGCUUCCCUUCAGACUCCCGAAGACUCAAAUGAGACCUCAUCCUCGGUGGAUCCCAAAGAACAGGAAGAGAAGAUGGACGACUCACCUGCUCCUGAAGAAUCGCAGAGCUCAUCCCCCGAGUUACCUCAGGAGAAGUCACCCUGCUCUUCAGGGACCAAGGAGUCCUGCCAAAAGAGGCAAACAGUCUCCUCUGGCACAUCGACCCACAACCAGACUAACCUGGUUUGUCUUCCACUGGUAUCCGAGGGGUUAAAGCUUAUCUGGGUGCGCUCGGAGCAGGUCCACGAGCUGGACGCCGUGUCAGAACUCGUAGAAGCGUUUAAUGCAUUCCCAUACCCCACGUCGCAGGAGGCGAGCGCUCUAGCUCGAAAGUGUGCGUUACCACCGGACCGAGUUAAAGCAUGGUUCAUGAUGCAGCGGGUACGUUACGGGAUCAGCUGGGCUGACGACGACAUCCAAGAGACGCGACGCAAGCUGUGGCACAUUCAGAAAAGAGCAGUAGCCGAGGAGUGUGUGGAAAUAAACGAGGAGGAGGAAUGUUUAGGACGUGAGGAACCUCAACAUGUUUUUAUACCGCCACCUGCGGCAGUUGCCCAUGUAGAUCAGAGAGACCAGACGCCUAAACCCAGCCGGACUGUUCCUCAGCACAUCACCAGUGACCAAAACCGCUUGCAUUUUAGCCAGAAUAAUGCUUCCCAAUCCAAUAACGGCAUACAGCAGUUGCUCAGCACUAAUGUUGUGUACAAAAAUGGUCUUGCACCCACAUCACAAGUUCCUCAAGUUAAUCCCCAAUUCCAAAGUGAAAGUAGAAACCUACCACCGCCUCACAAUACUGGAGUCCAGCUGCUCAAUUCAUCGUACAACCAACACGCCGCAAUGUCGGACCCCGAACUCCCUGAGCUUUCACAGUCUCUACACUGCUUACCGGGAAAAAAAUCGAAAGCGCAGCUGAUGGCCCUGCGCCGCAGUUUUGUACAGAAGUCUUGGCCGUCCGACGGCGAAGUUCAGCGGCUCCAGAGAAUGACUGGACUUAAUCGGCGUGACAUUCGCAAAUGGUUCGCUGACAGCCGCUAUCAGCUUCGCAGGAAUGGCAGGGCUUGGCUAGCUAAGCUCGCGAAGCGCAAUCGGUCACUGCAGCUGGUGCAGCAGAACUCUCAGAACGAGCUGGAGAACGAUGUUCUUCCGAGUGCUGAUUUUUAUGACAACGACGGGGCUGACGACACAGAGGCGGGGAUUGAGGUUGAUGUGGAUUUGGCUGACGAUGAGGGACCAGUCAACCAAUCGAAUGAGACCAAGGAGGUAGUAAGCGAUGAAGGCGAGCUUGAUGACGGCAGCGCUUCCGUUCAACAACAUUCUGCGGACAUCUCUCCCUCUCCUUCUCCGUCUCCGUCAUUCAUCCGCGGCCGGGUAGAACCUAACGUGCGACUUCGUAAGAAGACGAGGGAACAGUUGGAAAUGUUGCGCCAAAACUUCCUGCGCUGCCAGUGGCCCACAAGUGACGACUACGUGAUACUCCAGCAGAAGACGGGUCUGACGCGGACAGAGAUCAUCCAGUGGUACGGAGACACGCGUUAUCAUGUCAAACACAAUCAGAUGCGCUGGAUGACCUCAGAGGAGAGGGAACGCAUCAUCGCAGUUAUAACGCAACAGCAGAAAAGGGGCGGGAAAUAUUCACGGGGGAGAUUUUCAUUUGAGAACAUCGGCUCUGGGUUGAGUUUGGCCGAUUCUACAUUAAUUAACGGAGGUGGAGGGGGCGAAGCAGCAACAUGGAAUGAACUUUUUAGGGGAAGUACCCCAGUUGUGCCUGAGGGUGAACUCUGACCUCAGAAGCAAAGUCAGUUUGCGAAGGCAUUUGUAGCUGUGCAGAUAGGUGGAAAUUGAAUUCCACGUCACUGCCAAAGAUGUUACACAAAACCUUUUUUUUCCCUCUCCUUUAACCUGUCUGGAUAUUUCCAUCCCAGUUCCAGGGCCUGGUAGAACCUCUCUCACAACAUUGUUAUGCAAUAUGUAUCUCCAAAACUAAGCAUCUUACUUGAAUCAAAAAUAUUUAGCAUUAGAAUAUGUACCUUAAAGUAACUGAAACAAAAUUGUGUAUGGCAAGGCACUGGAUGACUGUACAAUGUAUUUUGUUUUGUAGCUUGUUUUAUCAGAGUUCUAUUCAUUGUGGUUCUCGGUGUGACUCAACAGAGCGAAUGCAUGUGUGCUGCCAUUUCAUGUUUAAGUUGCAGUUCGAGCUUAGAUAUGUAGAUGUUUGCUUUUACAAAGGUCAAUUGUAUUUAAAGUUAUAAGCAUAACUGCAAUAUUUUAGAUCCACAGUGUGCUACACAGAUAUGUUUCUUUGAUGGAAACACUAUGCUGACACAAUACUACACAAUUUAUGUGCUUGAUUUUUUUCCCCCAAUCAAAAUAUUUGUUUUUUUAAUUAUUAUUAUUAUUAUUUGAAGUCUAAUUAAAAUCU